UACCACUCCAUGCAUUGCGUUACACUGGACGCCCAUUCUCUUCUGGCAUGUUAUAAGCGGCAAAGUUGGGAAAACGAUGGAAGCCGCCCUUUGCUCAACGACGGAAGCGACUGCAGCGUAAGGUUUGCCGGAGGAGAACAGAGAUUAUGUAUCUCCCACGCCAACAAAUCGCUCAACUGUACACUGCGCUGCUGCGUACGACUCAUCCGUCUUCGCCUCCGCUAUUGAUCUUAACAGCAUUGAGUGUCGAUGCUCUGUGCGCCGCUCGAAUCCUUACCGCACUACUAAAACGCGACUUCAUUCCUCACAAGGUGCAGCCUGUGAGCGGAUACGCCGAGCUCCAGAAAGCGGGAGAAGAACAUGUGAGCACACUACGUCGCGACCGAGGCGGCGAGGGAGGUGUUGUGGUGUGUCUCGGCUGCGGUGGAGCUGUGGAGCUCGCGGAGAUCUUGGGCUUAGGAGACGGCGAGGACGCAGGCACAGCGCACCCCGGAGAAGGUCAUGGGGUAGACGUUUGGGUCGUCGAUGCGCACCGGAGUUGGAAUCUGGAGAAUGUUUUUGGCUCAACUGUGCGUGCUGCGGAUGAUGCACGUCGCGCUGGUGUUGCCCAAGGCAGGUUGCUAGAGACGUAUCAUCGCAGCGGCAGAGGAGGUAUCAUUGUGUGGGAUGACGAUGAUAUCGGCACGCAGCUGCAGGCGGAGAGGGAAGCAUACUUUGCGCUACGAGAUAUGCCUGAGAUCACGGAGGAGGACAUUAUGCUUGAAGAUGCCGAAAGUGACGCCGAGGACGGUGCAGAAGACGAGCAAGAGGCCGACCACGACCUGAACGCUGAGCCAAGCAGCAGCCAAACCCGGAAACGAAAAGCAGACUCGCAGGAGCCUGAUUUCCGAGAAGACGACGAAAACGAAAUGCCAAGGCCACGGCGGCGACGCAGAAGCAACGAUGGCGCACCGAUACCCUCCUCUGUUGGCGACUAUCCAACAUCUGCCCAGCCAUCGUCUCCCGGCGCUGCUAUGCCUUCUUCCCCACCAAAACUGCCAUCACAGCGACAGCUACGCAAACAGCUCCUCAAGCUGCGCAGAAAGCACGAAGCAACACUCGAGAAAUACUACGAACAAGGCUCUUGGCUCGCCGAGCCAGUCAGCAGCAUGUUGUACAGUCUAGCAUCCGAGCUUGGCCGCGAAGAUAAUGAGCUCCUCUGGCUGGCAAUUGUUGGGAUCGAGAGCGUAGACCAUUCGCCAUACAACAACCGCAGCGACAAAGCGAACCAACCCAGCACUCGAAGUAGAGUAAUGGACCGAAGUGAGCAGCUCAAGCAAGUCCUGCGCGACGAAGUCAGGCGGCUGAAUCCACUUCCCGAAGCGGACUUGCGCCGGUCAGCUUCGCAAUUGGCAAACGAGGCUGACAUACUUACCAAUGCUAGAAGUCCAAUGGACACUUCCAUACGCCUUUCGCCAGAACCUCGCUUCUUGCUCAUAAGACACUGGAGUCUGUAUGAUAGCAUGCUGCAUAGCUCUUACCUCGCAACGCGGCUGCAUGUAUGGAACGAGCAGGGCCGCAAACGACUAAAUAAGCUGCUUGCAAAAAUGGGCAUCAGCUUACAAGAAGCGAAGAAGGGGUAUCUGCACCUUGAUGUGGACAUCAAGCGAAAUCUGCGGAAGAAGAUUUUAAGAUUCGCAGAGCAGUACAAUCUCGACGGCCUAGUCCCGGACGAGAGCGGGGAUGGCGCCGGAUGGGGUAGCAGGCGAGGUUGGGGCUUCGUCCGAAGCUGGGGCUGGAGAGGGACUAUGAGUGCAGUCGAUGUCGGUACCAUCGCCUCUGCCGUCCUCGAAGUCGGGCCGUCUAUCGACGCCACGAAAGGUGGCACCUGGGCGGCACAAGACAUGCAUUUCGGCCGUCGAGAUAGCGGUAGAGAACCCACAUACAGCGCCCGGGUACGAGCAGGCCUGCCUUCGCCACCUCACUCCUCCGACUCUGGCCUCGACGAGCCUGCGGCGACAGCUGCGCAUGAAGCGCCCGACUGGACAACCCGUCGCUUCUUCGCCGCUUAUGACACCCUCUCGCCGUCUACUUCCCAUCCUCAGCAAGGACUACAAGCACUCCUAACGCACAUCUCCACCGCUCAACUGCUUGCUCGCGCCAUUCUGCGUACCGGGUCGGCGCUGAUUGCUAAGCACCAGAUUCGCCACUUGCGUUCCUUUCGCAUGGGCGUCGUGAAGGAAGGACCAGAUGUUUCGAUGUUCUGCCACCCGGGCGCACUGGUCAAGUUGGCGGCGUGGGUGGCGGAAGCAGUGGCCGUGCUGGAAGCGGAAAAAGGCGCGAAAGGAAAGCAAGACGAGGCGUUGGUGCUUGGGUCAUUAGACGAAGGCAGAGGCGUCUACGUGGUCGUGGGUCUUGGCGGGACACAUGGUGGUAAGGGCAGGUUUAGAAGUAAAGCCGAGCUGCGUGAGCGGGAGGAGCGGCGGAAGCGGAGAGAGGCGGAGAAGAAGGCUAAGAGCGCCGAGAAGCAGCGGAAACAAGAGGAGCGACGAAGGUUACAACGAGAACGAGAUGCCGCCAACGGAUACGUGAGCUCCGAUGACGAGGACGGCGACGCUUCAGAUAGUACGGAGAGUGCAUCGAGCGACUCGGAUUCGGAAAGCGAUGCCUCAGACGCCGGUGAUGGGGCGGAAGAGGAUGCCAAGCGGAGGAAGCGGCAAGGCCGUAACCGCUUCGGGCAGGCGUUUCAGGAGGUUGUGGAGGAGACGGCUGCACGUGUGCGCAUUGACAGCUUCGAGCAUAGCGUGGUGGAGGUGAGGAAGGAGGAUUUGGCCGGCUUUUUGGAGGCGUUAAGCAUGAAGUCGGUAGUUGGAUGAACGCCGCGAAUGCAGCCAUGAUAGCGCUGUAGGCAUGCUUGGAUAUGCUCGAUUCAGAAACGAAUUUUGCGUGGCUC